AUGUCUCACACAGCAGACAACGUUGGUCACUGGGAAGACCUGGAAACAUGGCUAAGUGUUGCAACCAGCAGCCUCCUACCCAAGGCCGCGGAAACACUAAAGCGUCAGACCCAGGAACAGCUGGAUAACAACCUAACGAGCCUAAUGGAACAGGACCCAAGCCAAGGCUACAACCACAAAGAGCUAGCAAAGAUCACCUGCUCCCUAAGUCACACCCUCAUCGCUACCCUCAAACUGAGUGACAGGCACGCCGCCGAUCUCCAACAGGAGCUGACAUGCGCACAGCGACGCAUCAAACAGCUGGAACUGGAGGCUCAGGAACUACAGGAAAAGCUGGAUGAGGAGAGAAAGGACCCAGAGGAGAUUACCACGCUCAAAGCCUUGCUAGCAGCUUCCACACAAGAGGUGAAACAAACCAAAAGAGACUUUGACAAUGCUGCCAACAACCUCCAGUACGCAGAACAGCUACUGGAGAAGGCAAAGACUGACAUUAGAGACAAGGCCGGCAGAAUCAAAGCCCUCGAAGCUCACUUGAACGAGUCAAGGAAUCAGAUCAGCCGCCUAGAACAACAGCUGGACUACGUCAAAGAGGAAUCCGACGGUGUCAAGGAGGAACUCAGACACGCCUACGACCUGCGCGCUGAGCCACCGAGGACACGAGAUGCACCAACGUCACCCCUGCCAACCAGCCAAAGAGCAUCACACGGCCUGGACCUAAAAGAUCUCGACAAGAUCGCCAGGAACAUCGUCAAGUUCACCCCAGGUGUGCCAAGUAGUCCAGACGUUCAAACCUAUCUACAGGACGUCGAAUUCCAUCUGGAAGUAAGACCUCACGUCACUGAUAAAGAUAGACUCUAUUUACUGCGAGCAACAUCCAGCCCUGAUGUACGCAGCUUCCUGGACCGCAACCAGCCCAGACAAAGGCUGAUUACCACCUGCUCCGAGGCUCUCAUCAAUGAAUUUGAUGACCCAGAGUCAGAACAAGGACUAGUAGCCGCCCUGGAGAUCAGACAAGGCCGUCAUGAGUCUCCGCAAGCCUACUACAGCCGACUCAGGAGAGCAUACUUCGGAACUCGCAACGAGCCCGAAAUGGAACAGGACAUGAACUUUAAGACUCUCUUCCUCAGGAACCUACAUCCUGGGGUAAGCCACCAUCUAGGCGUGCUUGCAUGUUCGCGCACAAUGACCAUUCAGCAGCUGCGCGACUUGGCACACAAAGCCUACAGCAAACAAAAGAUGGCUGCAGAGAAAGGCACUAAAGCUCCGACAGUCCUCGACUUCAACACACAAAGUCACGGACUGCCUCUAGAGGGUGCCCAACAUCAAGACAGCUUCAAGCCGUCAAGAAAAGAGGAACGUGUCCAACCGAGAGCAAGACUUCCACGCAGGUACCAGACCCAAUCAGAGAAACGGCCGCUGGGAUGGACCACGUGA